AUGCAGGCUGCUGCCACGGAGGGACCCUCCGUGACUGCUCGGCUGGAAGAGCUGGAGAAGCGAGAUGCCGAGCACCUGCAGAGGAUCGACGAGCUUGAGCAGGAGUGCGACAAGCUUCGAGGCAUGCAGGCUGCUGCCACGGAGGAGUGCGACAAGCUUCGAGGCAUGCAGGCUGCUGCCACGGAGGAGUGCGACAAGCUUCGAGGCUUGCAGGCUGCUGCCACGGAGGGAGAUGCCGAGGCCAUCAAGAAGGAGUUGCAAGAGGCGCGAGCGGAGUCGGAAGCGAAGCUUGGGGAAGUGGUGCGGAGGUCCAAGGAGCAUCUUCUGGCGUUGCAGGGCCGCCUGGAAGCUGCAACGGCGGAGAAUGCCCAGCUGAGCGAGAGGAACAGGGAGCUGGAUGAGGCCUACCAGCAGCAGCAGGAGAAAGUGCAGAAGAUGCGGCAGCUGGUUACAAAGGCCAACGAGGCCCUGGCGGAAUCGGAGUGCCGGGAGAAGGCCCUCAGCGAGUCCCUGAGCAAGUCUCAGUCCCAACGGCUGCUGCUCCAGGAGCAAAUGGGCUCGAUGGAGAAGAACCUCAGUGUAGCCCCAUCAAGGGAGGAGAUCCAGCAGCGGGGAGGUAUCAUCCUAGCUGUGGAGAGCGACGAUGAUGUGUGGUGCCUCAUCAGCACUGGCGUGAGCGCUGAUGGCACGUCGGCUUCGGAAGUGCCAGACGCCUCCAAGAGGGCACGGUGGUGGCCGCUGUCCUUGCUGGACGUGGCCGAGCGGCCCGUGCCAUUGCAGCGGCGAUGGAAGGGCGAGGUCUCCGCCCUGCGGGCGCAAGUGCAGCGCUUCAAGAAGAAGUCGGAGGAGCUGCAGGAGGAGUUCGACGCCUACAAGGAGAAGGCCAACGCGGCGCUGCAAAGCAGCGCUUCCAGCCGGGAGGAGCUCACGUCCAAGGAGCGGCAAGCGGAGCAGCUGGGCGAACAGCUGCAGGCCAUGGCACUGGAGCUGCAGCGCUCCCAGGCGGAGAAGGCACGGCAUGCGGAGGAGCAGCGAGAGCUAAGGCGGCAGGUGCGGGAGGCAGAGGCGCGGCGUGCGGAGGUGGAGCGCGCCAUGGACCGCAAGGCACGGGAAGCCGAGGAGCGCUGCGAGGCCGAGCUGGAGUCCUCCCGGGCUUCCUUCGAGGCGCGCAUGGACGAGCUGGAGCGGGGCUGGCGGGAGCGCGAGCGCUCCUACCGCCAGGAGCUGGAUCUGCGCAGAACGCAAAAGGAGGCACACGAUGAGGAGGUGGAAACGCUUCGGGCGCUGCUCGACAGCCGUGCAGCUGCUGAGUCCAAGGCAGAGGCUGUUGCAACGCCGACGGCCCCAAAGACAGACUCUGCGGCGCAGACUGAGGAGGCCUUCGAAGCAUCGCCCGAGCCGGAAGCAAAGACUUUCGAGGCACCCGAGGCUCCUGUGCGCCACGAGAGCAGCGACAGCCUACUACCUCCACAGGCCUACUCGCUGCAUGCUUCAGUGGCCUGGCAAGACUUGGUGAGCCUCCGCUCCCAGGUUCGGCAGCUGGAGGCACGCCUCCAGGAGGAGCAAGGGAGACAUGCUACUGCCCUUAAAGAAAGCGAGCUCGGCAAGCGCGAGCUACAAGAGAUUGUGGAGCAGCACAAGCUUCAGCAAAACAUCGGCCAGCACCAGCAGAUGGAGUACAUCCGCAACGUCUUCCGGAAGUUUGUGGAGACGAUGCCGUCCUCCAAUGCAGAGUCUGAGCAGCUGGUGCCCGUGCUGAUGACCUUCUUCCAGCAGCUCGGAACAAUGUUGGUCUCAUGCAAAGAGGGGAUCCAGGAGGCCGCCACUUGGCUGAAACUCUACGCUAGUGGAACCUCUUUGGCGGCAGAUGAGCCGAUCCGGGUGGCACAGACGCCUCGCUUUGUGAAGCAGGAGGCCGUGACUCCGUGCCAUGAGGGCAGGAAAGCGCAUGACACAGAAGGACCUCAAGCCGCCAAGCAGCUCAACAAGACUGCUGAGGCGUUUGCUGGCAUCUACCCCACCUGUUCCACCAAGGCCAAGUUCGACGUGACGGCCGAAGCGGCCGUUGAGGAAGCUGAGACGUGGCAGCCCCAGCAGUGGCUGGGGGUGUCUUAUAGUGAUGCGUUGCAGCCCCUUGUGAAAGUCUCCAUCGGCGGUCAAUGGCUGCAGCUGGUCUACGACAGCAGCUCUGCAUAUGCCGUGGCCUUUGUAAAGGAGUUCGAUGCCUGCGUGCCCCAAGACCUGGCAUCAUGCUACUCAUACAAGGUGGCUGAGGAGCAGGGGGGCUUCCACGUGUGCGCAGAGAACAAUGACCCGCAGGUGGUCUGCGACACAAAUCCGGACCACCGUUUUCCCUGCAACACGUACGCGCCCAACCUCUCCAACACCACAGUCCACAAUGACGCCCUUGUCAUCGACGGCCUCGAGUACUACCAACAGGGUGUGGAGGCUUUGGACAACAUGAUGCUGGAGGUCAGCUCCAAAAUUGUCAGUUGGUCGUCAGUGCCGGUACGGCUGUUGCUGAAGAACCUGACCGCUCUGAGGCCCAACGUGUCGUUGGACCUCUUUCGAGGUGCGGAUGGCAUCCUCGGCGGCUCCGGGUACACAUUGUCGUGCCGAAACACAACCUUGUGGCACCUGCUUUUGCAGAAGACGAACGCCACGAAUUUCUUUCUAGACUUUCAUCCUCCGCCAGCCGCAAUUCUCAGGGACUCCUCCCCAAGCCGCAUCGUCUUCAACGAGGUGGAUCCUGCAGCUCGGGAACAUUUACUCUGGAGCCAGCCAAAGCAGACUGGUGACAUGAUCAACGAUGCGAUGCACGAGCUUCUCAUCUACCGGCCGAAGGUGUGCGGAGUUGACCUCCUGUACAACGCCUCCUCAAAUUGGCUGACCAUCAUUGACACCUCUGGGCCCUGCCUGGCUUUGCCGCCGUUUCUCUUCGACCGCUUGAUGACCCACAUCCCUGUGGACUGUCCUUUCAAAAUGGGAGAGAAGUCCUACGGCCACCUUUGCUCGCCGCAGGCGACAGGGACGCUGCCCAGCCUGAGCUUCCAGCUCGAAGACUCACAGGAGCCAGAGCCCCCAUCGGUGGUGCUCUCGCUGAAGCGACUCGUCUUCAGGAACGCCUCGGGUGACAAGCUCCUGUGCGUGGCCAGACAGGACACCAACAAGGAGACCAUCCCAGCGGACAUGAUGUACUCACACAUAGCAUUUGGAUCAAUGGUGGCGUCUGCGCUCUAUGUAGUCGUGGACCUGCAAAACGCCACCAUUGGCCUGGCUUCCCGGGGCGAUCCGGCGGCCGAGAGCUCCGAGGCUGGCUGUGCAACUCCACCCACCUGUAUUGCGAUGCAGAGCUAUUUUCCUCCUCUGAACAUUUGCGAGGAUCCGCCCUGCUCGCACUACAUUUUCAUGACGCUGGAUGAAGAGACGAAGACCUGUCGCUGGAGAGCGCCCAUUCCAGUGGCCUUCGUGCUUCUGCUGAUCACGUUGGUGGUUCUGGACCUUGUCAGCCACAGGCUCUACAAGCAAGCAAUCCAACGAGCCAGCGAGUUCACGCAGUGA